CUUCUCUAGUAUAUGCUUCAUAAUCAUUGUUAUGUUUAAAAUCUCUUAGCAUUUAUAACUCACUAUUGUCUUCUCUAAUAUUCUUUUCUAAUCAUUGCUUAAAUAUGCACAUAAUUAUUUCAGAGUUCUAACAUUCUGUGUACAUGGCAUAUGUGUGAAUUUUAUAUGCAGAGCGAAUUUCGUCAGGACACCAAUCAUGCUUUCCCAAACUUGGGCAGAUACAUAUUCAUGCAAUGAAGGUAAAGCGCAAAGGGUACUUUUAUCACCUAUCUGAUUCCAUGUUUGUAAAAAGUGCCUUCUAUGGUUUCAAGAGCUGGUUUCUUAGUGUGGAUGUUUCUCCAUUGAGCAAUCGUGGUCAAAAUGAUUGUUCUUCUGAUUCUCCUAACCAGCUGGUACUUCUUGGCAAUUCAGAUAAUGCCUUGACUGGUUUGAUCAAUGAUGAGAAAGAAGAAGAUGAUUUUGUGAAUGCAUCUGAUAAAGCUGUUAAGGAUGAUAACGUCGUUUGCGAAGAUGAAAUAUCAAAAUCUGUGUCUAGUGCAAAGGAAAAACAGAUGAGUACAAGGAAAGAAGAUGAUACUGUGGAAUAUGAUGCUUCUGUUUUUAGGCCAGGUAAUGAUACUGUUCAAAGGGAGAUUGAGGUUAUGGCAGACCCUUCAUUAAAUGCAACUAAAGAAGUAAUCAUUGAAAGUGAAGUUCUAAAGGAGCAUCAGCACAAUGAAUUCAAUGAUAAUAACACGACAAUUGGCAUUGGUACUGAGUCAAUGAAAGAGGCUACUGAACCUUUACGUGCUACAAAUAAGAAGAAGAAAAGUAAGAGAUCUUUGAUUCAUGAUGCUGAUAUUAUGGAGAAGAAAGGGAAGAAGAGAUCGUCAAAUUCUCAUGAGACACGUUUGACUUCAUUCAGGAAAGAUGCAGAAGCAUAUCCUUCCAACAUUCGAGGGGGUGUUGAAGAUGAUAUUUAUGAAGAUGGUAUAGUCUCUAAAGAUAACAGCAUGAGCAAACCUACGCUUGAAAAAAUGGAGAUUGGAACUGAUGCAUCCUUAGAAGGCAUUCCAUCUAAAGUAAAGAAGUCAGAAAAACACAACCGUUCGGAUGUUGAAACAAAAUUACAACCUUCGGGUGUAAAGGAGCCAAAGGAACCCAAGCAGUUGAAUGAAGAUAAUUUGAAUAUUGUUCUUGACCAGUGCAAUGAAAGUGAGGUUGGUCUGACUGAUAGAGCUGAAGGAAGAAGAGAAGUAUUACAAGAUGAUCCUAAGCCAAUGCAGUUGGAAGAAUGCACACCAUCUGAACAGAAUAAUAACACUGAAGCAAAUAUCAAGGAAUCAAAUGUGACUCCGAAAGCUGUUUAUAUGAAUGAGAUGGGUGAACCUGUAAAAUCUGAGAAAAAGAAGAGAAGGAAGAGAAAAGAUAUGGAUUUGGACGAAAGAACAACUACAAAAGAAGAGUGCACACCAUCUGAACAGAAUAAUACAGAUGCAAAUGUCGGUGAAUUAAAUGUGACUUCAAAAGUUGCUGUUUCAAAAGUUGUUGUGGUUGGACUCAGUGCAGUAGAAAAAUCAGAGAAGAGGAAAAGAAAGACAAGAAAAAGAUAAGGAUUCAGAUGUAGGAACGACGACAACUACAAUAUUUUGAGAUUCACAUGGUGGAAAAAGACUGGAAAGUGGUGAACAAAAUGACUUUAAAGGAAGGUAAGGUAGUGAAUUGUAUUUCUCCGGCUAUAAGCAGCAACCUUUCUUUCUCGUUAUUUUCCUUUUGUGUGGAUUCUUGAAUCUUGACACUCUAGUAUUAAGUUUGACCGACUUUAAGCCGAACUUAUAGUUGACAAAGAAGAUUAUGGAUUUAUGGUUAUCAUAUUAACAUAGAGCUACACUUUUGAGUA